UACCGCUGGCAGGGGAUGCCGAGAUCAGUUCGAGUCGUUAACUAUCAGAUAACGAAAUGCGUACCCUUAUCCUUGUCACUCUUUUUGCCCUGGUCGCAGUGGCCUCCGCCCAAGGACCUGGUCCUUGGGGUCCCCGUGGACCAGGUGGACCAGGUCGUGGUCGAGGAGGACCAGGACGCGGACCUGGCGGACCGGGCGGACCUGGUGGACCUGGCGGAUUUGGCGGACCUGGCGGAUUUGGAGGACCCGGCGGACCUGGUGGACCAGGAGGUCGUGGACCUGGAGGACCAGGUGGCCCAGGAGGACCAGGAGGCCCAGGAGGCCCCAAACCAUGGGGACCACCAUGCAAUCAAACCACAUCCACGACUACUGAGGCCUCAACAAGCACUUCCACCACCACAGCUUCUUCCACUACAGUGUCCUCCACCACAGAGUCCUCUACGGAAUCCUCGACGGAAUCCUCCACGGCAUCCUCCACAGAAUAAAUCGCUUGACAUGUUCCCGUUCGAGUUUUGCCUAUUUGGUUAGGCCGGGUUCAGAAAAAUUGUAUAUAUCAAAAACGGAAUUCUGUGCAUAUUAAAAAUUUUUUUAUCCAAAA